AUGGUUACGUACAAAGAGGAAUAUGUUGCGAAUUCACGGGGAAUGGAGCUUUUUACGUGUUCAUGGGAACCAGAGAAUCAACAAGAACCAAAGGCUUUGAUCUUUCUCUGUCACGGCUACGCCAUGGAAACAAGCAUCACCAUGAACAGCACUGCAAUGAGGUUGGUGAAAGCGGGUUUUGCGGUCUAUGGAAUGGACUAUGAAGGGCAUGGUAAAUCCGGGGGAUUAAAUGGUUACGUCAAAAACUUUGAUGGUCUCGUUCAUGAUGUCUCUUCUCAUUACUCUUCAAUUUGCGAGAGGGACGAGAAUAAAGGGAAGAUGAGGUUUCUAAUGGGAGAAUCCAUGGGAGGAGCAGUCGCUCUAUUUUUAGCGAGAAAGAAGCCCGAUUUUUGGGACGGUGCCGUUUUAGUCGCCCCCAUGUGUAAGUUAGCAGAAGACAUAAAGCCACAUCCUCUGGUGAUCUCAUUUCUGACAAAGCUAACUAGGGUUAUUCCAACUUGGAAGAUAGUUCCUACCAACGAUAUUAUUGAUGUGGCAUUUAAAGAAUCCCACAUAAGAAAACAGGUAAGGGAAAACGAUUACUGCUACAAGGGUCGACCUCGCUUGAAAACCGCUCAUCAACUCUUAUUGGCUAGCUUGGAUCUUGAGAAGAAUCUUCAUCAGGUCUCGAUGCCAUUUAUUGUCCUUCAUGGAGAAGAUGAUAAAGUUACAGACAAAGACGUAAGCAAGCUACUAUACGAGGCUCAUGUUGACGGGCAAGUCGGAUAUAGCGAGGAAUUCUUCACGAAUUCACGGGGAAUGCAACUCUUAACAUGCAAAUGGUUUCCAGUAAAUCAAGAACCAAGAGCUCUCAUCUUCUUUUGUCAUGGCUACGCAAUUGAUUGCAGCACCACCUUUAAAGAUAUUGCAUCUAAGUUUGCAAAACAAGGGUUUGGUGUCCAUGGAAUUGAGUACGAAGGGCAUGGAAGAUCAGAAGGCCUAUCUGUCUACAUCGAUAACUUUGAUCUUCUCAUCAAUGAUGUCUCUUCACAUUUCUCCAAAAUAGCUGAGAUGGGAGAUAACAUAAAGAGGAAGAAGUUUUUGAUGGGGGAGUCGAUGGGAGGAGCCGUAGUUCUUCUCUUGCACCGCAAGAAACCCGAGUUUUGGGAUGGAGGAAUUCUUAUAGCUCCAAUGUGUAAGAUUGUUGAUGAUAUGAAACCCCCAAGAAUGGUUAUAUCUAUGAUGAAUAUGGUCACAAAUUUUAUCCCAUCAUGGAAAUCGUUACUUUCGGGACCUGACAUCAUCAAUCUCGCGUUUAAACUACCUCAAAAGAGACAAGAGAUUAGAGAAAAUCCAAAUUGCUAUAAUGGGAGGCCUCGUAUGAAGACGAUGAGUGAGCUUUAUAGAGUUAGCCUCGACUUAGAGAAUCGGUUGCACGAGGUGACAAUGCCAUUCAUAGUAUUGCAUGGAGAAGAUGAUAAAGUGACGGAUAAAGGAGUGAGCAAACUGCUUUACGAGGUGGCUUCGUCUAAUGACAAGACUUUGAAGUUGUAUCCAGAAAUGUGGCACAGUCUUCUUUUCGGGGAGCCUUUGGAAAAUUCAGAGAUCGUGUUCAGUGACAUUGUCCAAUGGAUGGAGACAAGAACCACUACUCUUCAAGUGAAGGUUAAUAACACUAAUGGAGCAAAACCUCAAAUCUGA